AUGAAACUCCUUGCAGGAUUAUCGCUGCUGUCUAUUGUUCCUCCUUCUCUAUGUGUCCCUACAGCCAGUCUGUAUCAAGUAAACGAUCCGACAAAGGUUGAGCAACCCUUGAUCAAGCUCAAACCUCAGCAAAACCCUCUCCGAGAGCUUGUGAGCCUCGAUGGUCUGUGGAAAUUCGCUCUCGCGUCUGGUCCCAACGACACAGCCCAGCCUUGGACAGCUCCUUUACCCAAGGGCCUCGAAUGUCCGGUGCCAGCCUCCUACAAUGACAUCUUUGUCGACCGGAAGAUUCACGACCACGUGGGAUGGGUUUACUAUCAGCGCGAUGUAUUCGUCCCAAAAGGCUGGUCUAAAGAGCGAUAUCUUGUACGAGCUGAGUCUGCCACGCACGAAGGUCGUAUCUAUGUGAACGACCAUCUUCUAGCUGGGCAUGUCGGUGGUUACACGCCAUUUGAAGCAGAUAUCACCGACUUUGUUGCCGCCGGAGAGAAGUUUCGGUUGACCAUUGGUGUCAAUAAUGAGCUCACCCAUGAGACAAUUCCACCCGGAGAGAUCUCAGUAGGGGAGUUCACUGGCAAGAGGACACAGACCUACCACCAUGACUUUUACAAUUAUGCUGGUCUUGCCCGGUCUAUUUGGCUUUAUUCUCUUCCUCGCCAACAUAUCCAAGAUAUCACUGUUGUCACUGAUGUCGACGGCAGAAAUGGUCUAAUCAACUAUGACGUCAAAGUUGCCAACCACACGAAUGGGCAGAUCAAAAUUUCAGUGAUUGACGAAGAUGGAAAGACCGUUGCAAAUGCCUCUGGGGCUCAUGGGACUGUUAAAAUUGACUCAGUCAAGCUAUGGCAACCCGGUGCCGCCUAUCUCUAUCAGUUCCAAGCCAACAUCGUGGAUACGCAUGGCAAGGUGGUUGAUACUUACAGUCUUGCCACGGGUGUGCGCACCGUCAAGGUCAGCGGCACAAAGUUCCUCAUCAAUGAUAAGCCCUUCUACUUCACCGGAUUUGGCAAACAUGAAGACACCUCGGUGCGCGGCAAAGGACAUGAUCAAGCAUACAUGGUCCACGAUUUCCAGCUCCUGAAUUGGAUCGGGGCAAACUCUUUCCGGACCUCACAUUACCCUUAUGCCGAGGAGGUCAUGGAUUUUGCCGACCGACAAGGUAUUGUCGUCAUCGAUGAAACACCCGCCGUGGGCCUGAAUAUUGCUUUGUUAGGCUUGUCUGGGGGCGAAUCACAAACCUUUACUCCGGAGGGUAUCAACAACAAUACCCAGGCGGCUCACAAGCAAGCAAUUCGCGAGCUGAUCAGCCGAGACAAGAAUCAUCCUAGCGUUGUCAUGUGGUCUAUUGCCAACGAGCCCGCAUCCCAAGAAGACGGAGCACGCGAAUACUUCGAACCGCUAGCUAAGCUGUCCAGGAAGCUUGAUCCAACCCGUCCGAUUACAUUCGCCAAUGUCGGCAUGGCAACGUUUGAGAAGGACCGUAUCUCUGAUCUCUUUGAUGUCAGUUGUCUGAACCGGUAUUUCGGGUGGUAUUCCGAGACUGGGGACCUGGCAGAAGCCGAAGUAGCCCUUGAAAAGGAGCUUCGGGGCUGGGAAGAGAAGUUCAAUAGGCCGAUUAUCAUGACAGAGUACGGUGCGGAUACUAUUGCCGGGUUCCAUUCCGUUCUUGGUCUGCCUUGGAGCGAAGAGUUCCAGACUCAGAUGCUUGAUAUGUAUCAUCGGGUGUUUGAUCGCAUUGGAUCUAUGGCUGGUGAGCAGGUUUGGAACUUUGCUGAUUUCCAGACUACUAUUGGUACUAUGCGGGUGGACGGUAAUAAGAAGGGUGUUUUCACAAGAGACCGGAAGCCGAAGGCAGCAGCACAUGGCUUGAGGGCGAGGUGGACUAAUAUGGAUACCAGAGACUGA